AUGGAAUUCAGCUGUGCAUGGGCCGCUUCCACUCGUGAGGCCCUUAAUUCGGGCGAUUUGUUCCUCGUUGAGGCGUUGCAGCUGCUGCUGCGCAGCAGCAACUCACCCGCUGCUGCUGCUGCUGCCUGUGCCGCUCUGCAGCUUGGGCCUGCCAGGCCCCAGGGCUCAAGAAGGUCGCAGCCAGCAGAGGUGAAGGACGCGCUCGAUUCGCUCUUUGCUGAUGCAGCAGCAGCAGCUGCUGCCGUUGCUGCUGCUCAGCAGCCAGUAGGAGCAGCAGCAGCAACAGCAGCAGCAGCAACGGCAACAAAUGCUACUGCAGACAUAUGCAGCAGCAGCAAUGUAGGCUUCGGAAAGGAAUGGGUGUUGGAGACUUGGGGGGCUCACUUCAGGCAGCACCUUGACGCCCAAAGUCGUGCUGCGUCAUUGCGACCUGCUGCUGCUGCUGCUGCUAGCACCCCUGCUGCUGCUGCUGCUGCUUCUGAAGGGCAGCUUGAAAGUCUCCAAAGUUUAGCUUCCGCUUUGAUGCAAGCAGCAGACAGUCUCACGAAGCUCCGGACCCCAGCUAAGGUUGGAGCAGCGGCGCCGCACGCAGCAGCAGCAGCUGCAGCAACUGCUGCUGCUGCGCCAAAGACGCAGAAUAGGUCUGGUGCAGCAAGCGGAGACAUUCAAGGAGUAGUCUCGAAAGCUUCAGGUAUACAGACACCGAAGGCGGCCCUGAACGGUUUGGCGCUGUCUCCCGCUGCUGCUGCUGCUGCUGCUGUUGUGUAUGCGCAGCUCUGCUGCUGGUGGCUUAACCUGCUGCAUCAGCAGCAGCAGCAGCUGCUGCUGCAGCAGCACCAAUCCAGCGGCGUAGAGGGUAAGCUUCAGCGGCUCUGCCGCUUGCUGCAGCAGAUUCUUCUCGUUCUGUCUCCGCUCUAUCUGCAAGAAACUAGCAGCGGCAGCAGCAGCAGCAGCAACCUCGGGGAAGUAGUGGCCUGUCCUUCAGCACUGUUUUGCAAGUGUUGGACACUGCGCACGCAGCAGCAGCAGCAGCAGCAGCAUAAGGAGCGGCCGGAUGGCCCUGGCUCUGCUGUGACGCUUUGCUACGCCCGCCGCUUUCUACGGGAUCUCUGUCAGCCAGAAGCAGCAGCAGCAACAGCAAAAGAAGACACAGCAGCAGCAGCAGCAGCAGCAACAGCAGCAGCAGUAGGCAUGAGCUUGGAAAAACGCAGCGCUGUAGCAGCUCUGGAGGAAUUUGCUGCUUUUACGGCCGCAGAAAUCCCUCGUGCAGCUCUGCUGCAAUCCAUCAAGUGUCAAACAGAGCAGCAGCAGCAGCAGCAGCAGCAAGACAUAUAUCUCCUGGAGAGGCCGUUGGGGCUCUGCAUCAGUACGCUGCUGCAUGACAAUGUGGACAGUUUUUCAGCAGCAGGAGCAGCAGCUGCAGCAGCAGCAACAACACAAGAAGCUGAAGCAGCAGCAGCAGCAGCAGAAGGACUAAGUUGGGGCCUCUCUUCCCUCGGACCCCUCAUUUGGAGGCUUCCUUGCAUGCAGCAGUUGCUUUCUGACUGCCAUGUGCAGCAGCAGCAGCAGAAGCAGCAGCAGCAACAGCAGAGGCAGCAGUGGCUCCUAUGGCGCCUGCUGCAGCUGCUGCGGGAGGAGCAGCUGCAGCAAAUGGCUGCUGUGGCUCCUCUGUCUUCAUUGUUUGUGCAGCUGCUGCUACACAGGGGCCCUUCGACACAGGGGCCCCCCAAAAGUCCUCUGGGGACCCCCUCAGGGGCCCCCUCAGGGGCUCCCUUGGGGCCCCCUUCAGGGGCGCCCGUGGGGGGCCCCCUGGGGGCCCCCUGGGGGGCCCCCAUGGAGAGCAGCAGCAGGGGGCCCCCAUCGGGUGAGCUGCAGCGUCCCUGCUGCCGCUUUGUGCUGUUUGGGUUGUGUCUUGAGCUGCUGAAGGAGCAGGGGGAGAAGCAAAGAGCUGCUGCGCUGCAGCUGCUGCAGUACAUGCAGCCAACAGCACCUGCGGGUGCAGCAGCAGCAAAAGCUGCUGCUGAUGCAGAUGUCUUGUGUAAAGCUUUUAGCUGCCUCUCUCCCUUGGUUAAGACGGCCCUGCUGCGAGCGCUGCUGCAGCAGCAGCACGAACCAGCAGCAGCUCUGACUGUCUCAAUAUCUGCUGCUGCCUCCAGCGAAUUCCCCGUGCGCAGCGCCGCCAGCUCUUUGUUGGUAGCAGCAACGAAGCGGCUCGCGGGGGCAGACGACGAGACGCAGCGGGCUUCUGCUGCAACUUUUGCCUUCUGCAGCGGCGCUGCAAUGCGCAGCAGCGCGGGAGCCGGCAGCAGCCUUCUUUGGAUCGACUCCUCCAGCUUGGCUUCCCCGCAAAUGCGGCCUCUCGUGGCCAAGGCGCUGCUGGCCCUGAUGCACACCCCCCCGCAGCAGCAGCAGCAGCCGCAGCAGCAGCCGCGGCGGAGUGCGCUGAUCAUUCCACAGAAUGCAGAGCUGCUGGUGAGGGGCCUCGCAGCCUGGGGGCCCCCUGGUGCUGCUGCUCUGGUGGCUGGCUUAAGUGUGGGGCCCCCUGGGGGCCCCGAAGAGAAGCUGCAGGGGGAAGCAGCAGUUGCUGUGCUGCUGCUGCUGACGCGCACAGACCUCACGACGCUGGCAGCAGACUUGCCUCCCCUUGAGGCCCUCCUGAGCAGCAGCAGCGACGUGGAGGCGGUCAGGGUGCUGCUCACUGCUGCUGCUGCUGCCACUGCUGCCACGGACAGCAGCAGCAGCAGCAGCAGCAGCAAAGCUGCACUGGCGAUGGACGAACCUGCUUCUGCGGCAACCUCGCUGCAGCAGCAGGAGGGGAAGCGGACUGUACAGCCGCCACCGGUGACCCCACCAGGGGCAGCAGCAGCAGCAGCAGCAGCAGCAGCAGCAGCAGCAACCACAGCUGUUUGCGGGACUGAGUGGCUACAGCUGCUGCUGCGCGCUCUUCUCUGCUGCCUCGGGUCUGUCUCGUUUGCUGCUCGGGCCCUCGCCGCCCGGGCACUGGCGUCUUAUAUGAUUCAAAGGGCCAAAACCUGGGGAGCCAGCAGCCUGCUGGAGGCUGUCACAGCAGCAGCAGCAGCAGCAGCAGCAGCGUCGCCGCAGUGGGACGCGAACGGCCGCAGCGGCUUGCUGCUGCUGGUGCUGGAGGUGCUGUCUCGCCCUGAAGCAGCAGCACUGGUGGAGGAAGGACUGGGAGACGCCCGUGUCUGCGGCUUGUCUAAACAGCAGCAGCAGCAGCAGCUGCUGCUGCUGCAGCAGCUACUGGAGACGGUGCUGCAGCUGCAGCAGGCGGCAGCCUGCCCCCGGCCUGCCCUAGAGCGCGUCCUGCUGCUGCAGGUGCUGCAGGCGGUCGCUGCUGCUGUUCCCAAGCAACACAAAGAAACUGUGUGGGCUGCUGCUGCUGCCGGCAGCAGUGCAGCACUGGGCCUGUACUUUAGCGGUCAGCAAGUAGCAGAAGCAGCAGCAGCAGCAGCAGGCAUCAGCAGCAGCAGCAGAAUGCCUCUUAUUCCCUCCAUCGGCCGCCCGGCCCUGCAGGCGGUAGCACUCCGCCUCCUUGUCGAGUGGCACCUUAGGCCCAGACAAGCAACAGCAGCAGCAGCAGCAGCAGCAGCAGCUUUGGACAGCGUGGCUACGGCGCUGCGAGGCGCUUUGGCUCUCGGCGUGCACCCACAAGCCAUACAAGAAGCCUUGUGUGCUUUGGUGGAGGCGACAGCUGCGAGCAGCAGCAGCCAGAAGCAGCAGCAGCAGCAGCAGCAGCAGCUAAAUGGAGGAAUCGAGGAGCCAGCUGCUGCUGAACAAGGCACUGAACAGCUCACGAGUGGUUUCGCUGCCCUGUGGGAUUUGUGUAUGCAGCUGCUGGUCGAUCCGGUGGCUGCUCUCGAAGCAGCAGCAGCAGCAGCAGCAGCAGCAGCAGCAACAGAGCCUGAGUCGGGCGAAGACAGUGCCCAGCAGCUGUGGCGCCUCUGCUACCUAAUCCCGCUGCAGGUUGCUGCUUGCCAGGCCUUGGCCUCCCUUGCAGUAUUUGCUGCUGCGCAGCCCGCGCUUUGCUGCUUAGUUAGCUGCGCUGCUCCUGCUGCUGCCAUUGCUGCUGCUGUUGCUCGAUCUCCAGCCUCACGGGCUGCUGCUGCUGCUGCGGCGGCAGAACAACUGCAUUUCUCAGCUGGCAGCAGCAGCACCACUGCUGCUGCUGCUCGGAUGCGCCUGGGUGCAGCGCUGCUGCGCUGCUCCGCCGCCACCGCCGCCAGAACCGCGGCAGCAGACACAGCAGCAACAGCCGAUGCAGCAGCAGCAGCUGAUACGGCAGAAGCAGCGGAGAUGAACAGUGUCAAAGCUCCCUCAGCAACAGCCAAGGAGCCCAACACCAGCAGCACCAGCAGCACCAGCAGCUGCAGCAAUGGCAGUAGCCCUACCACCACUAGCAGUCGCAGCACCGGCGUCGCUGCGGCUUUCGCAGCAGGAGAAGCAGCAGCAGCAGCAGCAGCAGCGGCAGCAGCAAAUGUCUCCACAGCACCCACUUGUUGCUUCCUACGGGCUGACAAUGCGUGGGCUGCCAGAUGGGCUGCUGUGCUGCUGGGCUGCUCGCAGCCAACGCAGGAAAUUGCUUUGCGGUUGAAGGCGGCAGAGGAUGAAGAUGUUGCAGUCAGGGAGGAAGCAGCAGCAGCAGCGUCGUCUGCUGCUGCCGGACUCCUCUCGUGUCUUCCGAGUACAGCAGCAGCAGCAGUAGGGUCGUUUGAGCGAGAGCUGCUGCUUGCUGCAGCAGCAAGCCCCGCCUUCAGCUUAGAGCCCCACGGGUUGGAGGCAGGAGCUCUUUAUCAGCUGCUGCUGGGGAUCCUGACAAAGGCUUUCCCAACAAGCGUUUGCUGCCGAUUUCUCUGGAGGCAGCUAAGGAGAGGUGGAAGCAGCGGCAGCUGCAGCAGCAGCAGCAGCAGCAGCAGUUGCUUCAGUCCCGAUGACCCAGGGAUGCACGCAGUGGAAGGGCAGCGGCAGCAGCAACAGCCGCCGCAGCAGCAGCAACAGCGACAACAGCAGCAGAGUCAACAGCACGCAGAUACUGAUGCUCAUUCUAACAGUCCUGCUGCACCUUCUGCUGCUGCUGCUGCUGCUGCUUGGCAGCUGUUUGAAGAGGAGCCGACGAAUAUCUACGCAGACCCGGCUCUCAGCCUUCAGCUGGCUGCUCGCGAGCUGCUGCUGCUGCUAAUGCAGCCGCAGGAGCAGCAACCGCUGCAGCAGCAGCCGCAGGGCAGGUGCCAGGGCAACAGUGUCGCAGACUGCGAUGCAGAAGCAGCAGCAGAUGCAGCAGCAGCAGCAGCAGCAGCACAAGCGACAUUAGAAAUAAACGUUAACCAAAACGUUACAUCUGCAGCUCUUGCUGCAACGCUGGGGGCAAUUCGCUGCAGAGGCGCAGCAGCAGCAGCGCUGCACGACUUGUCGUGCGCAUCCCCCAUAGCAGCAGCAGCAGCAGCAGCACCAGGUGCUGCAGCAGCAGCAGCAGCAGCACCAGGUGCUGCAGCAGCUGCAGCAGAAGGGAGCAGCAGCGGAUCGCCUGCAGCUGGAUUUUGGGAUGUGCUGCUGCCUGUGCGGGACGUCGCCGAGGACAGCAGCAGCACUUUGCAGCAUCAGCUGCAGCAACAGCAGCAGCAGCAACUGCUGCUGCUGCACCCAACGCAGCGGCCCCACUUUUUGUGUGCACUUCGCGCGCUGCUGUGCGUUUGGGUCAGCUCUGUGGUGGCGCUGCAGCAACUGGAGCAGCUACAGCAGCAGCAGCUGCUGCAGCAGCAGCAACAGCAGCAGCUGUUCCAGCAGCUGCAGCAAGACAAAUCUUUACUGGAGGAGCAGUUGAAGGCUAUAUAUAAGCAGCUGCAGCAGCUGUACGUACACCUCAGCGCUACUGCUGCUCACGGCCAACCUCCGCAGCCCCAAGUAGCAGCAGCAGCAGCUGCAGCGCUGCACUUUUUCAGUUCUGUCUUCUUUGCAGGCAAACACACACAGCAGCAGACGAGGUUAGGCUCGCUGGCUGCUGUUCCUGCUGCUGCAGAAUGUGACACAGCAGCAGCAGCAGAAGCUGCUGCUGCUGCUGCUCGGUUUGCUGCCUCGUGUUUGUUUCUGCUGAAUGAAGAAGAAGCUUGA